AUGGACAAGACGGAAGGAAUCAUUAGAUGGUCGCCAAACUCGGCUCGUGCACAGUUUGUUGCGUUCAACUUGAAUUAUCGAAUCCUUCAAGUCUAUGAGGCCAAGGGUCUUGCACGGCCUGGUAAAUUCGAGUAUGAACCCUUGUCUCGUUACAUUGAUAUUCCCUCUUUGAACACUUUCGACUGGUCGCCAGUUGUCGAAGGUUUGGUUGCUGUUGGUACUUCUAGUGGCGAACUUCAAUUACUACGAGUUGAUGACAAUUCUAAUGCUGUCUUGUCUCUUUCCAUCAAACAGCCAAGAGCAUGUCAAGCUGUCGCUUUCAAUACGACUGGACUAUUAGCAAUUGGCCUCGAAAGAGUUCGCAAUGAUGGCUCCCUGCAGAUUUGGGAUGUCAAUCAACGCCUAACUGGUUGGGAUACCUCUCAGCCAGGAUGGAAGGUACCAAAUAAUGCGGUCGAGCCGAGAAAGUUAGAGUCGGCCACCGUAACUAGCAUCAAGUUCUUUGAGGAUCAACCGCAAACCCUUGCUAUUGGUAUCAAGAACUCUUGUGUUCGAAUUCAUGAUCUCAGAGAUCCGAGCGGCGGAGUAAUCACAUUUCAAACCAAAUGCAACAAUAACCUUACCAUCGACUACUCAGACCCCAACUAUUUUGCUUCAUCCUCUUUAGAUCAACCUGGACUCAUGGUCUGGGACAGACGUGCCAGCACACGAGCCACAGCCUCUCCAAUGUAUUUAGAUGCUUUUGAUAACGAUGGAUAUGUUUGGGGAGCCGCUCUGCAACUUAAGAAGGUCAUUUCCACCGAAAAACAGGGUUCGUAUAUUAAAUCAUUGCGCUAUUGCCGAGAGCAUCGAGGAACUUUGGGUGUUCUCUCAAAUGCCGGUCAGCUUCAGAUCUUGAAGACUAACAAAGAAUAUUACGAUCCCGGCUCCGAAGAUGAUGUCAAAGGAAGCCCGGAGUUACUUCAGGUCAAGAAGUCAUUCGAUCUCGAAUAUCCAUAUGUAGACCCAGACCAUGGUCGUAGGCAAGAGGAUAGAAUUGUCUCUUUCGAUUGGUUAACACUAGGUAAUACAGAUUUGCAGCCUCGCGUUGUUGCGUUAAGGGCCUCGGGAUCAUUUGAGAUCAUGCAGACACCACCCUCUAGUAAUGGUCAAAUGAUGGACUUCAUGCCAUGGCAGCCACCACAUAACCAUGACAAGGUACCCUAUCAUACUUUGAUGGACUUCGCAGAUGCCACCGAGCGUCGGGCGAACCUUGGCCCCCUUUUUGCAGAAGAGUUGAAGUUUAAUACGCCAGUGUUUGGGCCAGACGGAUACAACACCCCGCAUAUUCAAAAGUCUUUAGCGGCUGCUCUCGACAAAGCUCUUGAGCGUCCCGAAGCUCCAGCAUCGGGAGUCAAAGCGGAAAUCCCUGGUAGUCAGAUCAAAAGGGCAGCUUUUACAAAAGCAACUUUUGCAGAAGCUAUUGACCGGCAGCUUUCGAUGGUCAACGAUCCAGUAUCUGAAACAUUUGCUAAAAGAGGCGGUGCUGGCGAUUAUAAUGGUUUUGGCUCUUUGAACAAUAAGUUAUCCGCUAUGAGUCUUUUGGGCAAGGGAAAGUCGAAGACUCAAAGUCUGUCGACAACUGAGAUUCGUUCAAGCAGGGAGAUGCACGAGAUGUUACUUGAAUCUCGCAUACCAUCUUCUAAGGCUGACGCCAUGCUAAUUGGCAAUCUGUUUAUUCAACGUGCUCUCAAUGGUUAUUUGUUUGACUGCAAUAAGAACAAAUCGUUAGUCAGGGAAGAUCCAUGGCUUAGGGAUGUGUGGUAUUGGAUUUCAGUUGCCGAGAAAGCUGCUAAGGAUGACGGUAUGCUGUCUUCGACCCUUGAUCUAAGCUAUUUGGGAGUUCACACCUUGUGGAACAAUAAUCUUGGUGGUAAAGCCGAAUCAAGACUUGUUGAGAGCACCGUCAUCCCUGAUCACACUCAAUGGGAACGGCUUAUUGCUUCUAUAAAUAAACGUGUCGGCCAUGAAGAAUAUACUGGUGUGCCAACUAUGAAGCCCCAACACCGACAAUUAUGCCUUGCCCAGUGCAGUUUUGCAACACCUGCCGCAGAGCUAAAAGAGAUGUUGGCUCGUCUAGAGGGAAGAGGAGAAUUUACUAAAGCAGCUGCACGGGCGCUGUUUGAGGGCGAGCCUGAACAAGCAGUGGAGAUCCUCAGACGCGGAGACAAAGAGCUAGUAUUUGUUGCUGUGGCACUCGAUGUUACCGUCAAGAGUCCUCCCAACGUUGAUCUCUCCAAUUGGAGCAAGACACUUCGAGAACAAGCUCACAUGUCGGACGAUCCAUAUCUAAGAGCUAUAUUUAGCUACAUUACAACGAGAGACUGGGAGGUCAUUGCAAAUGAGACGGCUUUACCAUUGAGAUAUCGCGCCGGUGUGGCUCUAAGAUACCUUAGUGACCUACAGCUUACAGAAUGGCUUGACCAGGAAAUGGAAGAAGCUAUCAAACACGGAGACAUCGAAGGUAUCGUUCUUGCAGGAAUCACGGACAACAUGGUCGAUAUCUUGGCGAAAUAUGUCGCAAAGUUCUUUGACUACCAAACCGCCAUCCUAAUCAUGUCUUUCUGCUACCCUCGUUACAUCUCCGACAUUCGCUGCGAUGCCUGGCGUCGUGACUACCAAGCUUAUUUAAAUCGCCAUCAACAAUUCAUACUACGCGUCCAAUUUGACCAAGGCUCGGCCAAGAAGUCUCGUCAACGAGACGGUAUUCCAGUUAUUAAACCCCCCAUCCGCCAAGUUACUCUUCGUUGUCUCUUUUGCGAUAACCGUUCGGCAAACGAUCGUCAUAAUGCUACAGGCGCUGCUCCCGCACCUCCUAAUUCAUCCGCUGGUCUCUCUUCUAGCGCUGACGAACGCAAUCCUUUAAUGUCUAGCGGUAUUAAUGCCGGUCUUAGCUGUCCUCGUUGUGGUUCGCACCUACCUCGCUGCGGAAUCUGUUUAGAGAUUUGUGGCUCUCCAAGAUCGGACAGGCCUGAGCUUUCGGAGGAUCCAUUGGUGAAGAGAAUGGGCAAUCAACUUACUUUCUGCAUGAAAUGCAAGCAUGCUGCUCAUAUGGAUCAUGCGGUAAAUUGGUUUGAUAGACACGUGGAAUGUCCAGUUGCCGAAUGCAAAUGUCAGUGUAAUUUCAGGUCUAACGUAGACAUUGCUUGA